CUAAAAAAAAUUAAUAAUAAUUUUUAAAGUUACUCGGUAUUGUUUAUCAGUUAUUUAACAAUCCACAUAAUCUCGAUUGUUCAGCUAUAAAAUCUUGUAAAUGAGGGGUACUUAACAAACAGCAUAAGUACUAAUACAAAAAUAGAAAAUGCCUCAAAAUGAACAUAUUGAAUUAUCUAUCAAGAGGCAUGGAAGACAAUUGGAUUACCAUGAAAAGCGCCGGAAGAAAGAAGGAAGAGAACCCCACAAGUUAGCUUUAAAAGCAAAAAAGUUAAUUGGUCUAAAAGCAAAAAUUUACAAUAAAAAAAGACAUGCAGAGAAAGUGCAGCUCAAAAAAACAUUAAAAAUGCACGAAGAGAAAAAAACAAAGACAAAAGAUACAAGCAAAACUCCUGAAGGUGCGGUUCCUGCAUAUUUACUUGACCGUGAGGGACAAACUCGAGCAAAGGUUUUAAGUAACAUGAUUAAACAGAAACGGAAAGAGAAAGCGGGUAAAUGGGAUGUUCCAUUACCAAAAGUGAAAGCCAUAGGAGAAGAUGAAGUCUUUAGAGUUGUAAGAACAGGAAAAUCCAAACGUAAAUGCUGGAAGAGAAUGGUUACUAAAGUUACUUAUGUUGGUGAUGAGUUUACAAGAAAGCCUCCAAAGUUUGAAAGGUUCAUUAGACCUAUGGGUUUACGAUUUAAGAAAGCCCAUGUGACACAUCCUGAGUUAAAAGCAACGUUUUGUUUGCCUAUUAUUGGUGUUAAAAAAAAUCCCCAAUCCCCAAUGUACACAUCACUUGGUGUAAUAACAAAAGGAACAGUUAUUGAGGUUAAUGUUAGUGAGUUGGGGUUGGUAACACAAGGUGGCAAAGUUGUCUGGGGCAAAUAUGCGCAGGUUACCAAUAACCCUGAAAAUGAUGGUUGCAUCAAUGCGGUUCUGCUUGUGUAACAUUCACGUUUCUGCAGCUCAUAUAUCGGGAGAACGAAAAUUGAUAAAGGAUUAAUAUAAAGAAACGUAAGAGGGUGAAAAGUUCCUAUUGGCCAAAUGAAUUUUGAAAUACAAUGUGCCGUUCACGUAUUAGCUAACUCGUGAGUUUCCAUGCAAGAAAAUUAUGACUGGAAAAAAAGCAUAAAAAGCUAUAGUUUAUUUUUUCAUUAUACUUUUGACCUUUUA